AUUCAUAUACUCUUUUAUUAAAAUGGUUUGUUAGGAAAAUAUAUUAUUUUAACUCGUUCUUGGAUAGUAUGAAACACAAAUUUCAGGUCCAAAAAAAAAUCUUAGAGAAAUUCAUCCAAUCGUUUACCAAAACUUACAAAAAUAAAUGAUUAAAUCUCAAACAUUUAGUGCUUUAUAUUAGUAAAUCUAUUAAGGACCAAAUUCGAAGGUAACUUGACGAAGAAGAAACGGAAAAGAAGACGCACGGCUCGGCAACCGCCCACGUUUACUACGUAACCCUUUAACACAUUUAUCGAUGCACCUCUGCUUCCACACCACAUGCUCUUCCUCACCUCUCCAUUCACAUAUACACACUCAUAUAUAUAGAGUUAACAUGUACUCUAAUAUACACCAAGUGCCCAAUUGCUAGAUUUUCGCAAUCUUUCACACCAAAAUUCUCAAAAGAGUACAUGAAAAUGUUGCCGUACAUUGGACACAACAGCUACCUGCAGCAGCACCAGUUUCCGUCGCCGGAGAUGGAAAUUCCGGAGAAAUGGAAGCUUUCGUAUGGACAAGAGGCUACUACUGCUCCGGCUUGUCCUCGUUGUGCAUCGUCCAACACCAAGUUUUGUUAUUACAACAACUACAGCUUGUCUCAGCCUAGAUACUUCUGCAAGGGUUGCCGUCGUUACUGGACUAAAGGCGGUUCUCUCCGUAACAUUCCUGUAGGUGGAGGCUGUCGCAAGAGAAGCCGCAGCAGACAGAACAGUCACAAAAGGUUUGGUCGAAACGAGAAUCGGCCUGAUGGUCUUAAUAACCAAGAUGAUGGAUUACAGUCCAGCCCUCCUGGUCCUGAUAUUGAUUUGGCUGCGGUUUUCGCACAGUACGUGACUGAUGGGAGCCCUUCUAGUACAGAUAAUACUACUGGAUCCGAGCAAGAUUCACCGAUAACAACAACAACUCAUACUUUAGAUUCCUUGAGCUGGGAUAUCUGCCAAGAAACUGAUGUGGAUCUUGGAUUCUACGAGGAGUUCAAUAAUCUAACCAAGAAGACCGAAGAAGAUCAACGAGGGUUUGGUCAACUUCUUGAAGAUGAUCGAGAGGAGAUCUUCGAGUUCCAGGGUUUACUCGAUGACAAAGAGAUUCAAGAGAUCCUGGAAUGUUCAUUCUCAGAGGAGCCAGACCAGUUAAUUUCUCAGGGGAGCUUCAUGGUCAAUGGUGAUAAUUGGAGUUCAACAGAUCUUACCAGAUUCGGGAUUUGACCAGGAAGAGGAAGUUGGGUUCUUUCUUUUUGAUCACAUAUACUUAAUUUAUUAAAUAUAGAGAAAGUACUAUUUACACUAAAACUCAUUCUUAUAUUGUUCAUGAAGUUAUAUCAUACAUGAACGAUCCCACGAAAUAGGAUACGUGGAGUAGAUUACUGUAUAUUAGUCUCGAAUAAUGGAUACAACUUCCACU